CAACACAUAAGGUCCCAAUGAAUGAUUUCAAUUCUCUAUCUUAUUGACACAUAAACAUGGACCGGUCCACUUUCAUCUUAUCUCUACUCUUCACACUCACUGUCUCGACUACGACCCUCUUCUCUCCGGUUUUCGCAGGAACGUUCGACACAGAAUUCGAUAUCACUUGGGGUGAUGGUCGUGGCAAGGUUCUUAACAACGGAGAGCUUCUCACUCUCUCCCUCGACAGAGCCUCCGGCUCUGGUUUUCAAACCAAGAAAGAGUAUUUGUUCGGGAAAAUCGACAUGCAGCUCAAACUCGUCCCUGGAAACUCCGCCGGAACCGUCACUGCCUACUACUUGAAGUCAAAAGGUGAUACGUGGGACGAAAUCGAUUUCGAGUUUCUUGGUAAUCUAACUGGUGAUCCGUAUACCAUGCAUACGAAUGUGUAUACUCAAGGCAAAGGUGAUAGAGAACAACAAUUUCAUCUCUGGUUCGAUCCAACCGCUGAUUUCCACACUUACUCUGUUUUAUGGAACCCUCAUCACAUCGUUUUCAUGGUUGAUGAUAUUCCGGUAAGAGAAUUCAAGAAUCUACAACAUAUGGGUAUCCAGUAUCCAAAAUUGCAGCCGAUGAGGUUAUACUCGAGUCUAUGGAACGCGGACCAGUGGGCUACAAGGGGAGGUCUCGUUAAGACUGACUGGUCCAAGGCACCAUUCACCGCUUCUUACAGAAACUUUAGAGCGGAUGCAUGUGUUUCCUCGGGCGGAAGAUCAUCUUGUCCUGCCGGUUCACCUAGAUGGUUCUCUCAAAGGCUUGAUCUAACAGCGGAAGAUAAGAUGAGAGUGGUGCAGAGGAAGUACAUGAUCUAUAACUAUUGUACGGACACCAAAAGGUUUCCUCAAGGAUUUCCAAAGGAGUGUAGACACUAGCUACGAGAAUUAAUGUGUGAUCCGAAACUCCAAAGCUAGUAUUGUAUAGGUUCGUCUAAAUUAUAUAUGUAAUGUUUAUGUUUAUUUAGGUUCUGUAAUAAGCAAUUUCCCCUGUUUCUAUGUAGAUAUUCUCAUAAUAAAAUGGGCGUGAGUUAUGUUGGUUCAAUAAAUGUUAGAUUAUGGCUUUGCAUAUCUUCAUGAACAGUAACCUUCUCGGAUUGUGUCCAACGGUAGGCAACCUUUUCCUUGGAGAAGAGGUCAACCUAUCUAACC